AUGUCUUCAACAAAACUUUUCCAGCCAAUCAAGCUGGGCCACUCUACCCUCCAGCACAGAGUCGCCUUGCUUCCUUUAACACGCUACCGUAACGACAAUGACCAUGUCGCUACCGCCAGCAUGGCCCAAUACUACGGCGAUCGCGCCUCGGCGCCCGGUACCCUGAUAAUUUCAGAAGCCACCGGCAUUGCCCACCGCGAAGAAGGACAGCCUAACCUUCCCGGGUUCGUCAGCCAGCCGCAAGUUGAGGGAUGGAAGCAAGUAGUAGACGCCGUCCACGCGAACAAGUCCGUCUUUUUCCAACAGCUAUGGGCUGUUGGCCGCGCCGCCGACCCUGCCUAUAUUGGCAAGCGUGGGUACGCAUACCAGUCGAGCAGCGACGUUGUUUUGGAUCCUGCCAAGGGUGCGCCUAACCCAAUGACGGAAGAAGAGAUUCAGGCCACAAUUGCCAGCUUUGCUGAUACUGCUAAGCGGGUUGUCGAUGCCGGUGCAGAUGGCGUCGAGAUCCACGGUGCCCACGGCUACUUGCUUGACCAGUUCCUGUCCGAGACAUCCAACAAGCGCACAGACAAAUGGGGCGGUCCCAUCGAGAACCGCGCAAGACUAAUCAUUGAAGUCGUCAAGGCUGUUGCAAAGGCCAUCGGAGCCGAAAAGACAGCUCUUCGCCUCUCGCCAUUCGCAGACUUCCAAGGAACGACCAAGAGCGACGCCUAUGGCGACUAUACAUACCUCGUAUCUGAGCUCAAGAAGCUAGACUUGAAGCUUGCCUACCUGUCGCUUGUUGAGCCACGAGGUGAUCCUCUCAUCGUCUUUGGUGCCCGCGCCGACGAUGGCCGCGAUUCCUUGGAGUUCAUCUUGAAGAUUUGGGAUAACCAGUCGCCAGUCGUUGUCGGAGGCGGCUACACUCCCGAAAACGCCGAGCCCGCUCUGCAAGGCCAGUACAACAAGUACGAUGUCAUUGUCGGCUUCGGAAGGCACUUUAUUUCCAACCCUGACUUGGUCUACCGCAUUCAAAACGGCGUGGAGCUGAACAAGUACAACAGAGACACGUUCUUUACAAACUUGGCCGAGCAAGGAUACAAUGAUUAUCCAUUCAGCAAGGAAUAUUUGGCUUCCAAGGCCAAGCCUGUUGAGGCACACUAA